GCAGAAGAGGCAAGUCUUAGAUUAUGGAAAACACCUAUAAAUGAUAUACUGGUUAGAGUAGUCAGUAUAGCAUAUUUAUCUAUACCUUUAACUAGUACCAGAAUACCAGGAAGUAUAAAUAUUACAGCAAACUUAAUAGCUACUUCUAAA